AUGCUGGCCAAGAAGGCAACUACUCAGUGUAGGAGCACCAGGCUCCAAGCCCAGAGACAAGAUACAGCACACCCCAAAAAGCCGCACGGGAAAAGCCGCACGGCACCUAGAAGCCAAACACAGCCCACCAAGGUGAGCCAAGUGGUCAAAUUACCACCAGCCCUGGAGAAGGACAGAAGGGUGAUCCUAGCCAUCAUGAAAGCCUGGGCAACAAGGGAAGGCAGCCUGAAGAGGCAUCGGCCGGUGGUGGGAGACAUCUCGUUGAAGAGUGACAGCCAUGAGUCAAAAAAGAGAAUGAAGAGCAUCGAAAACGAAGAAAGGAGCCAGGAGGAGGACAGCACGAGAAUCCUGGGAGAACUCGUUUUGGGCUUUGGCUCCGACGGCAGACCAACAUCGAGAAGAACGGUGGCACCUUGGAUGGAAGAAGUAGCAAGAGGAAUAUCCAACUCAGUGGCACCGGACACUAUGCGGGCGUACAGGGAGGCCGUGGCCAAGUUCUUUUUAUUUAAGGCGACGAUGGGCUAUAACCGGGGCUGGCCAGCUUUGGAGGAUGAGGUGCUCCAUUACUUGGUGCACCACAAGAAGGAGGGAUUAGAUCCAGACACUUUGCGCACCCACUCAGAUGGGAUAUCCUUUUUCAGCAAAAUCAUGGGCUUGGCUGACCCGGGAGCGUGUUUCCGGGUCAAAACAAUACUGAAAAGUUGGAAGCGGAGUACUAGGGGAUCCCAUACAAGGACAAACACUAAGAGGGCGAUCACAUACCGUCAGCUUACGGACUUGGUCCGGCAAUUGAAAAUGAUAUGCCAUUCUAAAGCGGAAGCGUACCUCUUCCGGGCAGCCUUCACGGUGGCCUUCUUCGGAGCCUUGAAGACGAGCCAAUUGGUGGCCGACUCCAAGACGGACCUGUCCGGGCGAGCCCUUCGGCUCGAGGACAUUUCAUUGAGGGACAAUACCGUAGCCAUCAAAACCAGGGAUUGGGGAGGAAGGUGGGUUGUGGUGCAGGUCGGGAGAUUAGCACAAGGGGAGCUGUGCCCAUACUACGUCCUUCAAAAGUUUCUAAAGGUAAGGGGGGCGGGGCCAGGGCCACUCUUGGUACACCAAGACGGGACACCGCUCACCCGCUACCAGUUCUGGGCCGUUUUCAGGAUGGCCUUGGAACGACUGGGGCUUCCGGCGUCCGAGUUUGGCGAACACUCCUUCAGUAUGGGAGCGGCACAGGGAGGGUGGCCGGUGGGCAUAACUGCUAGGAUGCAGACUCCACCCGGGCAUAUGCCAGGGCAUGGACCUAUGACGUCUGGCCAAUUUGGGUGGUCAUCUGGAGGAAGUAGGGCAUUGGGUUGGUGAAGUGAAGGUGGACAUGGACAACUGUUGGCCCUUGAAAGAUGGCAGGGACUUGGGUCAGUGUUUGUUUUGGUGUAAUUGGGUUGGCAGAAGGUGGACAUCUUGACCAUUGUUUGGGGCAGUUCAGCAUGGGUCCAGGAUCUAGGUGUACCAUCUCCUCUGGACCAGGCAUGGGCAAACUUUGGGUGAAGUGAAGGUGGGCAUGGACAACUGUUGGCCCUCGAAAGAUGGCAGUGACUUGGGUCAGUGUUUGGUUUCAGUGGCAUUGGGUUGGCGAAGGUGGACAUCUUGGCCAUUGUUUGGGCAGUUCAGCAUGGGUCCAGGAUCUAGGUGUACCAUCUCCUCUGGACCAGGCAUGGGCAAACUU